CGCUCGCGUGAGCUCGCUAUGAACUCGCAGACAGAGAUUUGCAAACUGCACGUAUAUACUUUAACUGCAUUAAUAGAUAUUUAUCCUGUCUGGUUUAUUUGUGCUCUUUAUCUUUAAUCUUCAUAUUGUCAUUUUUAUGUAAACAUAAACUUUACUGGUGAAAAGUAGCACAGCGCGAGCGAUCUCGAGUCUAUUCAAGUUACAGUGCAUCUGUCAGAUCUGUUGUUUCUUUUGAGGCGUGGGAUUGUAAAGAGGAACGUGGACUGGUGCUGUGUUGCAGAACAAUAGAGAGAAGCACGACAUAACACAUCCUUAGAAACUCAUCCUGAAAUGAUGCAGUAAUAAAAAGAUACUGGAUGUGAUUAUAAUAUCCUGUAUUUGACUCUAGUACUAAAAGUUUGAACUCUUAUACCGACUGAACAGCUCUCUUGGCCAUAACUUGAAACAUCUAGGUGCACCCAAGGCCCCAUGGAGAAACCUGUGAGCCCCAGUCAGGUGCGUCUGGAUCGUGUAUCCUCUAAUGUUUUAAAGGACUUGUUUAACACCAGUAGCCACAGCACGCUGCUUCAGAAAGAGACCGAUAGGGAAGAGAGGCGUCCCAAAAGAGCGCAAAGAGUCUCCACAGCAACACACAAGGGUGGACACCGGCCAACCCUUGAACCACUCGUGACAAGUGGCCUGGGCAUUGGUUGCAGAGAUGCAAGGCACACUCAGUCAGUUUUUUCCUGUUUCUCUACCAGCAGUACCAGACAAUUGAACAAUAUUGCUGUGCAGGGCAGCAUCAUCCACCUGUCCCCUUGCCCCAAGCCCAAGAACAGUUGCCCGGCCACUUUCCGUGGUACAAAACUGCCCCAGCUGUACAGAGGAUGCCCUGCUGGUCGUGAUGGGGAGAACUCAGUCAAGAAGUUGUGCAUACUUACUGCUAUAAAGCCAUCUAAUGUGGAGAAAGAGCGGGCCAGGUUUUUUAAAUCAGACUUUAACUACAAUCCUCAGUUUGAGUACAGCAACCCCGUCUCAGCACAAGUUCUGGCAAGGCAUAGCAACACUUCAGACCGCUUCAUCCCACAGGCUGUGCGGAUCAUGGAGUCGGCUUUGCUGAAAUACGGAUCAUAUGAGAAGUUUGAGCAAGCUACAGGAGGAAACCUCCUCACCAAGAGCCGCAUCUGGUACCAUGUCAAAAAGUACAUGGAAAAGGAAGGAUGUAUGGGAGAGAUUGUGGUUAAUCUUACCGAUGAUCUGCUGUCCAGAGCAUCAAUGACUGUGGUGAAUGGCAGGCCUACCCUUACCAUAAACAUCUGUGCUGCCAGAGAGCAGUGGCUAGAAGGAAUGCUGAGACAUGAGAUCGGUACACACUACUUCAGAGGCAUCAACAACAGUCACCAGCCGUGGAGCAGCAGCGUGGGCAGAAAAAAACACAACCUACGACCCAUCAACCCCACUGAAGAGGGGCUGGCCAGCAUUCACAGCGUGCUCUUCCGCAAGGACCCAGUCCUAUGGCGGGCCGCAUUAUUGUACUACACCGUACACAAAGCCAGCCAUAUGUCCUUCUCACAGCUGUUUCACGACCUGGGCCGAUUUGUCCAUGACCCAAACACGAGGUGGGACUACUGUGUCAGAGCCAAACGCGGACAGACAGACACAGCACAGCCAGGUUGUUUCAGUAAGGACCAGGUUUAUCUAGAUGGUAUUCUGAAGAUCCUCAGAUACAGAGACAAGAUUGACUUUCAUCGUCUUAUGGCCCUAGGAAAGGUAUCUUAUGAGGAUGUGGAUCGUCUGAAGGGUCUGGCUCUGAUGGAGCGUGUACGCAUUCCUCACUUCCUUCAGGACAGAGCACGCUACACAGAACAGCUCCACAAAAUCAUGAAGGUCAACCAGAUAACCGACGAAGAGCUAUGCACACUUAUCUGAGCAUGUGACCUUUGACCUAAGUGAGGUCAGUGAUGGGUUUGGGACAAAUAUCAAUAUAUAUUUUUUUUUUAAUAAAGUGCUCUGAAUAAAUAUCCCUGCUCCCAGCGCUGCUACUUUAUGUCUCCUUGAGGUGGCGCUCAACACAUAAAUGAGGUAAACAUGAACAUUAGUUAGCUACUAUUAGAGGUUAGGAUGCGAUUAAAAUAAUAAAUGCCCCAGCCACAAUAAAGUCCAAUGUCUGGAUCCACUUUUAAUUUUAUACCAUUGAUGGGACAAACAGUAUUGCAAGAACUGCCUGGGUAAAGUACAGGGCCAAUACCACGAACAUACAAUGCCUAUUCACCCUGAUCUUAUUGAGAAAAUGGAGGAUGCUUAUGUUACAAGUCAACGAGCAGCCGUGAAUGCAAUGUUUAAAGUGAAACUUUAUUUCUUAUUCCCAAGAAGAGAUGCCAGUAUUGUGAAGUCAAUGGUUGUAUGUAUUUGCAAGGACCUUCGCCCAUAAUGCAUGGUCGAAAAUGGUUUUUGCCAAGUCCUGAAAACACUGGAACCAAGGUAUGAAAUACACAGAGUGCACAGAUGGUUGCACAAACGUGUGAUGGUUGGACUUCAUGGGCCACAGAGUCCUACAUGACAAUCACUGCCCAUUUGAUUGAUAGCCCAUUUGAUUGAUAAUGAGUGAGAAAUGCGAGAAGAGAUAAGAGAAAACCUGCACUUAAAGGGAUAGUUCACCCAAAAAUAAAAAUGAUUGAAGUAAAUAGUGCUCAUAAACGGUUAGGUUACAAACAUUCCAUUAAAAUAUCUUCGUGUUUAUCAGAAAAAAUAUAUUUAUACAGGUUUGUAACAACAUGAUUAGGGCCCUAUAAUUUCCGCGAUCACGGAAUCGCGGACGGAAUCGCGGAAUUGGCCAAAUAACACGGACUCUAGUAUUAACGCGGAAUUUUGCGGAAUUUUACAUAUUUUGAAUAAAAUUUUGUUUUUGUGUGGGAGACGAACGUAUGUCUGGGGGAAAUGCAGACCGGGGGAAGUAAAUCUGGGCGACACGCCCCUCCCGUCGUUUCAUUUACAUUUUAAUCAUUAACAUUAAAGGCACACUUUUUUAUGACUAAAAUAACAGUAAAGGGUAAAAAAUAUAUUUGCCAAAAAUUAAAACGGAUAAAACGGAAUUUGCAAAAAUUAAAACGGAGAAAACGGAAUUUGGGAAAAAAUAAAACGGAAUUUGGGAAAAAAUAAAACGGAUUUUAUAGGGCCCUACAUGAUGGUGGGUAAAUGAUUACAGAAUUUUUAUUUUUGGGUGAACUAUCCCUUUAACAUUUUCACGGCCAUUUUGUUUUCAUAGUUAGACAGAUAUUAUGAUGUAUCAUUAUAUGAUUGCUAGCAAUAUACAGCUAUAAUAUGUAUUGCGAGCAGUGUUGGGGAAAGUUACUUUAAAAAGUUAUGCAUAACAAUAUUAAGUUACUCCCCCAAAAAAGUAACUAAUUGUGUCACCUUAGUUACUUUUCAUGGAAAGUAAUACUUUUAAGUUACUUUUGCGUUACUUUUUCUUACUUGGCUAAGACUUGAUCUCUUUCAUUUGCAUAUUUCCAUCUCAAAAAUAUCAAGUUCUAGCGUGCCAUAUCCAUUUCUGACUCAAACUGUUCUCGCUCAGGCGCACACGCAUAGAUUGCGUAAUUCUACGUGACUCAUUCAGUUUAAUUCAAUACAUUUUUUUAUCAAACAAAUUAAUUAAACUGAGAAGUAACUUGUAUUACUUUUUUAAAAAAGUAACUCACAUAAUAAUGUGUACAUUUAUAAAGUAAUGCGUUACUUUAUGCGUUACUUCAGAAAAGUAAUAUUAUUACAUUAUGCACGUGACUUGUAAUACGUUACCCCCAACACUGAUUGCAAGUACCAUACUGUAUCGUGAUGUCGUGAUUCCCACCCCUAGUCAGUGACCUCACCAACAUGCUGUGAUCAAACACCCAUAACUGAACAAGCAUCUCUUUUUUUGUAAUUUUCUUUGUAACUUUUCUAUCAAUUUUUUGUCUUUGUGCCUGUCUACAUUCAAUAUUUGUGCACUUUAAUUUUCACAACCCAGUUGCACCUAAAUCUACUUGUAAUUUUAGCACUCGUUGACAGUUUCGAACAGAAAAGAAAUCAGUAUAGUUAUUCAGGAGUCAUUUAUGGUGUUCUUUAAUAUCAACUUUGGGAACAGAUAAUUCAGCCGAUACAAAGCACAAAGUCCAUUAAACAGAAGAUAAACUAUACUGUCAUCAAAUCAGGUCUACAAACAUUUCUGUUUGAUUUUCAGGAUGUUUUUGUGUAUUUGUGACAUUUAAAUUUUUCUUAGUUCAGGGUGAUUAAAUGUUGAAAUCUGGUUUAAUCUUCUGGGUGCCAAGAUGCAGGCAUUUAUUUUCAGAUGAAGUGUCCUUUAUGAAAACAGACAAUUGAGUGAGUCAAUGUCAAAAUUUCCCAAAUAACUUCUCACGCCCAUUGACACAACAUGCUGUGAUUGUAUUUUAUGAGCAAUUUGAGCUGCUCUGUUCCUGUUUUUUCCAUCCUUUAAUUGUCAUUUUGAAAAUGAAAUAUUUUCAAUCAGAUAAGGUGUAUUCAGUGGUCUAUAGGAAAGUAUGUUAAAUUCCAAUGAAAUAAAACAUUGAUUCCAUUUUUUGUCCUUUUUUUCUGCCAUACAAGUAUCACUCAAAGUUUGUUGACUUUGUUUUUAUAAAUUGGCUUCAUGUCAGAUAUAAAGCAGUGAUAAAAAAAUUGAAUCUAAUGCCACAAUAAGUACAUGUAUCCACAGGACACUAGACAUCUGGCCUUCAAACAAUUCAUGUCAGCAGUUUACAAGUGAGCA